AGCAGUUCUCGUGCCCCGAGUACGUACGCAUGCAUGCAUGCGGCUCAUAUCACCAUUGCCACGGUAAGACGCACACCGUAUACGCGUGCAUGCGGCGCGACAAUUGAGAGGCGCGCCACUGAUGCUCUCGCCCACCGCCGCACCCGAUGCCGCCAACGCCUCUGACGAUGCUCGCUGAUCCGUGAGGUAGACUGAGGUGAGAUAGGUAAGAUGGGCCCGAUCGGGACGAGGUAUGGGGUUCAGGGAUUGACCGCUUUUUCGUGCCACUACGUAUACGAGUGUGUGUGAGGCGGUUAUAUUGAUUGCGUUGUCUGCACUGGUUUCUUCUGCUUCUUUACUCCUAGUGCGUCGAACUUACUCCAGAUUUUAUUUGUGAGGAUUGUUGUUGUUGUCAUUUUACGCACAGUACGAUACACAGAAGAGAUGGAUCUCACGCCCGAGUACAUGAAUACCUUUAUCGGGAGGCCGGCGACGGAGCUGCCUACACCUGCAUUCGUGCUCAGUAAAGACGUGCUGGACCGGAAUGUGCAGCGCCUGCUAGACGAUGUAGAGGCUGCUGGGGUGGGCUUUCGGCCGCAUGUCAAGACGCUCAAGUGCACAGAAAUAACGCGCCAAAUGCUCGGCCCGCACACCAGCGCCGUGGCCUCGACCCUCCGCGAAAUGCGCGCCCUGCUCCCCCUCGCCCGCGAAGAAAACGACCACGGCAAACCCCGCCUCACGUCCGUCCUCUACGGCGUCCCGCUGCGGCCUGGCGCGUUGCCGGAGUUGCAAGGAAUGAGGCGCCACGUCGAUGUUGAAGUGCUCCUGGACCAUGACGCGCAGGUCGAUGCGCUGGAGGAUUUUGUUGUUUCUGUUGUUGCUAAUGGCACCACCACCAACGGCACAGCAACAAACGGCACAAACGGCACCCACGCCCCCGCAACAGCGCCCUGGCCCGCCUUCAUCAAAAUCGACAUGGGCACCUCCCGCGCCGGGCUCACGCUCUCCUCACCCCGCCUACCCGCCCUCGUCGCGCGCGUCACCUCGUCACCAGCAAUCCGCUUCCGCGGCUUCUACACGCACGCCGGGCACGCAUACUCGGCGCGCAGCGCCUCCGCAACGGCGACGUACCUAGCAGACGAGCUGGGCGCGCUGCGCAAAGCUGCUGCUUUAGUGCCGUCUAAAACGCUACAUACACAGCCAGGAGACGGAGAAACAGCAGCAGCAGCAGAAGCAGCAGCAGAAACAGCGCCCCUGACCCUCUCCCUCGGCUCAACGCCCACGGCGCACGCCCUCUCGUCGCUCUCCUCCUCCCUCACCCAGUUACCCCCGGGAUGGCAACUGGAACUCCACGCAGGCAACUUCCCCGUCAACGACUUGCAGCAGCUCGGCACGCGCGCGGUGCAGCGGCGCGAUAUGGCCGCCCGCGUCCUCGCCGAGUGCUGCAGCGUGUAUCCGGAAAGGGACGAGGCGCUGCUGAAUGCGGGGGUUGUCGCGCUGGGACGGGAGGCGGGGCCGCUGGGGGGGUGGGCAAGGGUUGCUGCUGGGAGUGGUGGCGGGGGGGACUGGGUGCUUGGCCGCCUGAGCCAGGAACAUGGCAUUCUUGUGCGGGAGGGGGAGGGAAGGAAAGUAGAGGAGGCGUUUAAGGUGGGCCAGAAGGUGUGGUUGGACAUCCAGCACGCGUGUAUUACGGCGGCGGCGUACCCGUGCUAUUUCGUUGUUGACGAGGGGGAUGUUGUGUGCGAGGUUUGGUGGCCGUGGCGAGGGUGGUAGUGCUUCGUUCGUUCUUAAGCAACAUGGUUAGCUCUGCGUUUACGUUAUGCUGCUGCACAGUGCUACCUAUAUCGGGGUCUGGGUUGGUCUGCUUAUACUUUUAAAAUGUCUCUGCGGAUGUAGUAGUGGCUUAGCUAGCCGUGUACGUAUAUAUAUACAGCACUGCUGCAGUCGUGGCGGG